GUUUUGAAUCUGUGGAUGUGUAGUUUUCAUCUUUUUUUUUUCAUUUCAAUCUCUUAGGAUUAUUUUCAAAUGGGUUCUCUCUGUUCAAUAGCUCUGUUUCUUUCUUCCCUUCUAUUGUUUCUUGCCAGAAGCUCCUUGUCACAUCCUUUAUGUAAUGAUUUGACUGCACCGUUUAAUCCACAGCAACGGCUCACUUUUUGUCAAUUUAAUGGAAGUGUAUGCUGUAACUCCCUUGAAGACUUGGAGUUGCAGAGACAGUUUAAAGCAGUCAAUUUAUCUGGGAGCUGUUCUCUACUCCUCAAAUCAUUACUUUGCUCGAAGUGUGAUCCUUUCGCAGCAGAGCUUUACCGUGUUGAGUCAGAAUCUAGACAAGUUCCUGUGCUUUGCAACUCGACAGUUUCUUCAACACAAUCGCUGGCCAACGUUGAUUUCUGCGCCAGAUUUUGGAACGAGUGCCAUAAUCUCUCUGUAACCAACACUCCUUUUGCAUCUCAAGCCGGAGAUGGAGGCAACAACACUUCCACAAUAUCUGAUACGUGGAAAUCAAGAAACGACUUCUGCAAGAUUUUUGGUGGAGCUUCAGAUGAGUCCUCUGUGUGCUUCACUGGCCAGGCUGUUUCAUUUAACAUUUCAAAAGCUACUAGUCCAUCUCCUUCAGGCAUAUGUCUUGAGAAGCUUGGAAACGGGUCUUAUCUUAACAUGGUACCUCAUCCUGAUGGUUCUAAUCGUGUCUUUUUGUCUGAUCAACCUGGGAAGAUAUACUUGGCGACAGUUCCACCUGAAGGAUCUGGAGAAGUUUUGAAAAUAGACGAAACUAACUUGUUUCUUGAUCUUACUGGAGAAGUGCACUUUGAUGCUGAGCUCGGUCUCUUGGGAAUAGCUUUCCAUCCUGACUUCUUGCAAAACGGUAGAUUCUUCGCUUCUUUCAACUGCGAUAAAGUUAAGUGGCCAGAGUGUUCUGGCAAAUGCGCGUGCAACUCAGAUAUUGACUGUGACCCUGAAAAGCUAGAUUCUGAUAGUGGAGCAAACCCAUGUCAAUACCAUAGUGUCAUAUCAGAGUUCUUUACCAAUGGGACUUAUGUUAGACCGGUGGAGGUAAGAAGAAUCUUUACAAUGGGUCUUCCUUUUACAACACAUCACGGUGGACAGAUAUUGUUCGGACCUAAAGAUGGGUACUUGUAUUUCAUGAUGGGAGAUGGUGGAAGUAAAGGAGAUCCACACAACUUUGCACAAAACAAGAGAUCGUUGCUCGGGAAGAUCAUGAGACUUGAUGUGAAUAAUAAUGUUCUUGAUACAAAAGCCCUAAGCAAGUUUCAGCUAUGGGGAAACUAUUCUAUACCAAAGGACAAUCCGUUUUCUCAAGAUAAGAAUCUGCUUCCGGAGAUAUGGGCCAUGGGAGUUAGAAAUCCAUGGCGAUGCAGUUUUGAUUCAGAGAGGCCGUCUUAUUUUCUUUGUGCAGAUGUUGGCGAGGACAAAUAUGAAGAAGUGGAUAUGAUCACUAAGGGAGGAAACUAUGGUUGGCAUUACUACGAGGGAACUUUGCCGUUUAAUCCCUCAAGUUCUUCUAAAAUAAGCAACUCAACAACAAAGAUUACAAAUCCGAUCUUGCCUGUAAUGUGGUACAAUCAUUCAGAAGGAUCAGCAUCAAUAACUGGUGGAUACUUUUACCGUUCCUCCACUGAUCCAUGCUUGUAUGGAACUUAUCUCUUUGCAGACUUAUACGCCGGAGUUAUUUAUGGUGGGACUGAAAUUCCAGUUGGUAGUGGAAACUUCACGAGCUCUCAUAUUCCUCCGUUACAAUGCGCUUCGGAUUCGCCAGUCCCUUGCUCAUCUGAAACAGAGUCAUCUGCUUCUUCAUCACCACCACUUGGCUUUGUAUUCUCCUUUGGACAAGACAACAAUAAAGACGUCUACUUACUUGCAAGCACUGGUAUAUACAGAAUCGUUCGCCCGAGCCGCUGCAAUUUCCAUUGCUCUCUUGAAAACACAACGUCUUUACCUCCUUCACAACAGCCUGAUCGUUCUCCACCGUCUCCCUCGUCGUCUAAAAGACUACUUAACAACAUCUGUACUCUUGUUAUAAAUUUCCUAGCUAAUUGGUGUUUUAUUUUUGUUGUAAUGUAGAGAAAAUGAACAUUUAUUAAGAUCCGUUCAAAAAAGUUAUAACACAAUGAGUUAUGAUCUUAA